AUGAGCCUAACAACAAUCAUCGUGCCACUCUACAUAUACCCUAGCCCCGGGGCCUGGUCUCCGCUAGAAGAUGUGAUUUCCACCCACCCAAAUGUCAAUUUUACCAUUGUAAUCAAUCCUGGUAACGGUCCAGGACCCGACGACUUGCCCGAUGCCAACUACACUCGCGCCAUCCCGACCCUCUCGUCGUACGCCAAUGUACGGCUUCUAGGCUAUGUGCAUACCUCUUAUACAACCCGCAACGCAGCCGCAGUGUACCGGGAUAUCAAAACCUACGCUGAAUGGCCGACUAAAUCUGCCAACCUCGAUUUGGCCGUUCGGGGUAUAUUUUUCGAUGAGACACCGCAGCAAUACAGUGUCCACUCUUUGGCUUACUUGCAAAACUUGACCCAACUGACCAAGGGUCUCGAUGGACUUGGCUCGAAUCCCUAUGUCAUCCACAACCCAGGCGCCGUUCCUGACUCCCGGUACCUGUCCACUGCAGAUUCGACCGUCGUGUUCGAGGAGACCUACCGCACCUUCCAGGAGCGGCAUGGAGCUAACCUACUAACGCCAAUACGGGGCAAAGAUCGCACCCAGCGCGCUGUCUUGAUCCACUCUGUGCCGGAGGGUGUGGAAGGGUCGGAACUACGCAAUCUAAUCGAAACGGUCCGCGAGGUUGCCGAUGAGGUUUUCAUCACCCACCUUAGCACCGAUUACUAUGCUAAGUUUGGGUCGAAGUGGGCCGAGUUUGUCGAUCUGAUUUCGGCUCAGAUU